AUGACGCUGGACGGGCGUCUCUACGGCCACCUAGAGCACGCUGCGUAUUCAUCGACAAGCUCUAUCUCCGGCUUCUCGACAGCUAGUGCUAGUACGGCUGCCACCAGCUUAUCGAUCAUGCCUGCCUCAGCAAUGCAAUCUACGGCAUCCAGUCCCUCUUUGAGGUCUCGCGAGAGCGUCAUUGUGCCUGCGGCCGGAAUCCACGCACCUCCAAGUCCCUCACCCGGAGGCAAUGUCAAGGUGGUAGUGAGAGUUCGCGCGUUUCUGCCAAGAGCGACCACUUUAAAGGCGCCGGAAGUCGAUACAACGAAGCCUCGGUCUCAGGCGCGGGGCAAAGUCUACGAAGACAAGACAUUCACAUUCGAUCGGUCAUUCUGGUCGCACGAAGAAUCCGAUGAACACUACGCCGACCAGGAAGAUGUAUACAACUGUUUAGGUGAAGAAUUUCUCGAUCACAACUUUGAGGGAUAUCACACAUGUAUUUUUGCCUACGGACAGACGGGAUCAGGCAAAAGUUAUACCAUGAUGGGAACAGCGGAGCGGCCUGGCCUAAUCCCACGCACAUGCGAAGACCUUUUCCAGAGGAUUGAGGAAGCUCAAUCUCUUGACACAACCUAUCAUGUUCGCGUGUCAUACUUUGAGGUCUAUAACGAGCAUGUUCGCGAUCUGCUCGUACCACGCACUGAUCCUCCGCACUAUCUUAAGAUCCGCGAGUCGCCGACAGAUGGGCCUUAUGUCAAGGAUCUCACCGAUGUCCCCGUCAGGAGCUUUGCGGAUAUAAUGAAACUAAUGAGAAAGGGUGACACGUCUAGAACAGUUGCAAGCACAAAAAUGAACGACACCUCGUCUCGGUCACACGCUGUCUUCACUAUAAUACUAAAGCAGAUCCAUCACGACCUGGCCACAGAUGAGACGACCGAGCGAACAGCAAGAAUACGUCUCGUUGAUUUGGCUGGAUCAGAACGUGCUAAAGCAACCGAGGCAACGGGUCAAAGACUCCGAGAGGGUUCGAAUAUUAACAAGUCGCUGACUACUCUAGGCAGAGUCAUUGCGGCGUUGGCUGACCCAAAGCAGGCGCGGCCGGGUGGACGCAGAGUCAGGGAGGUUGUGCCGUACCGUGAUUCAAUCUUGACAUGGCUGUUGAAAGACAGCCUGGGCGGAAACUCCAAGACUGCCAUGAUUGCGUGUGUUGCGCCCUCGGAUUACGACGAGACUCUCUCUACCCUUCGAUACGCCGACCAGGCAAAACGAAUUCGCACACGGGCUGUUGUUAACCAGGACCAUGUCUCUGCGGCUGAGCGAGACGCUCAGAUCGCAGAAAUGACAGAGCAGAUCCGUGUUCUCCAAUUAACCGUCAGUCAGAAUGCGGCGAGCAAACGGGAGAGUGAAGCUCAGAACGAAAAACUCGAGGAAUAUCAGCAACAAGUCGAGAAAAUGCAGCGGCUGAUGGAAGAGAACAAAAUGGUCAGCGAGUGUAAGAUCAGGCAACUUCAGACCGAGAACGAAGCGCUUCGAAAUCACCUGAGGCUGGCGUUGGAUAGCCUGAAGAAUCCUAUCCCUGCUAUUCCUCUACGAAAACGCGAGACCAGCCUUGGCUCGAUGCAAAGCGAGGAGGAGCCUGCAGAAGAAAUCUCCACAGAACGAGACCUCGUUACACCCCCGCCGCCCGAAGAAGAGCCCAGCGGCAUCUGGGAAGACGAGGAGAGCUCGGACGAAGAGGACGAUGAAGUGCAGGCUGACAUGGAGAAUUUGUUGAACGAGCUCAGCCUGUUCCGGCGAAAGCUCACAGCUGACCAAGAGCGAUUCGGCAUCGAGAAGACCAAAGAAGCUCGGGGUCGUCAGCCAUUCAGCAAGCUUGCCAUCAACAAAAUAUAUUAA